CAGAGUCAUAACAAUUAACUUUAAUUGUAGUCCUCACAAAACAUACAUGUGUAUAAUAGAACACGAAGAAAAGGCAGAAAGUAAAAAGUAAAAGAUGAAUAAUGAAUGAGCCGCACGCGAGCGGAGAACCAGGUGGACUGAAGGGGGGACUGAGGAAAAGCUCGGCGGCCAUGCAUGAGUAACACUUGACAUUGCCUGGGCGAGGAAAAUGGGAAGUGGAAAAGGAAAACCCCCACCCACACACAUCCAGACAUCCACACACGCACUACGCCCGAAGGGCAGCCGAAGGAAGCUCGUUUCUAGUGAAUUAUAAUAUGGCAUGCAGAUAAAACAUUGGAAGUCAAAAGGCCCUGGGGGAACUACAAUUAAGCCCAGCGCCGCCCGGCCACCCACUAAUGAGGGUGAAAACAUCGCCGUUUCAACAUUGCCGGAAAUCAUUUCAUAUGUGUAUUUAUAAUGCUUUGUAGAUAACUGCAAGCGCUGGCGAAAAGUUUACUUGGAAAUCAGCAGUAUCUCGAGAACAGAGCCAAAAUUCUGAUUUAACCGUGAAAAGAAUUUCGGACCGGGCCAAAACCACAGGCCAGCAAAAAGCACGGGAGAACGCUGGCCAAAAAGAAAAACAAUUCAACAGUUUGUUGCCAGCAACAUGUUGCAAGCGGGGCAGCAACACGGGCGCCUACGCUCGAUUUGGCCCCGGGUAAACUUCGCUCUCGCUCUCCUACGCUCUCGCCGUGUUGAGUUUGCCACUUUGAUAAAAGCAAAAGACCUGGCCAUAAUCGAAACAGUCUGCAAAGGAUUCUAGGCGCUAACGGUUCUCCAAAGAAAUCUCCCGUCAAGAGUUUUACCAACGGCCAACGUCGCGUGCGUUUGAAACAAGUUUAUAUAUCGAAAUUGACAAAAGCGGUUAAGCAAAGUGUAUUAACACAAAUUCCAACAGCCAGCAGCAGUUAAAAAGCAAUUGCCCAGCAUCACGUUUCUCGGCAAGGACAAGUAAGCCCCAAGAAGAAAUAACUAAAAAUGGAUUCAGCCGCUGCCGCCGCCGCCAAACGCGUUCAGAUCGAGAAGGCGCACAACUUCAUGCGCCAGUAUCGCGAUCCCGAGUCCCGGGAACUCAAGAAGCUUUCGGCCAACCAGUUCAUGGAUGUCUGGGCGCACUACGACAAAGAUGGAAACGGCUACAUUGAGGGCACCGAGCUCGAUGGCUUUCUGAGGGAGUUCGUGUCGAGUGCCAACGCCACAGACAUCAGCCCGGAGGCUGUUACGGACACCAUGCUCGAGGAGCUGAAGUCCUGCUUCAUGGAGGCCUACGACGACAAUCAGGAUGGCAAAAUCGAUAUCAGAGAGCUUGCUCAGCUUUUGCCGAUGGAGGAGAACUUCCUUUUGCUCUUCCGCUUCGAUAAUCCCCUGGAAUCCAGCGUUGAAUUCAUGAAGAUCUGGCGUGAAUACGACACCGACAACUCGGGUUACAUCGAGGCGGAUGAGCUCAAGAAUUUCUUGCGCGACUUGCUCAAAGAGGCCAAAAAGAUCAACGACGUGUCCGAGGACAAGCUCAUUGAGUACACCGAUACCAUGCUCCAGGUAUUUGACGCCAACAAGGACGGACGACUGCAGCUGUCGGAGAUGGCCAAAUUGCUUCCGGUUAAAGAGAACUUCCUUUGCCGCCAGGUGUUUAAGGAGGGCAUUGAUGGCGCCACCAAGCUGACCAAGGAAGACAUUGAAAAGGUUUUCUCGCUAUACGAUCGUGACAACAGUGGCACCAUUGAAAACGAGGAGCUCAAAGGCUUCCUCAAGGACCUUUUGGAGCUGGUCAAGAAGGACGACUACGAUGCCCAGGAUCUGGCCGCCUUCGAGGAGACCAUCAUGCGGGGCGUGGGCACCGACAAGCAUGGAAAGAUCUCCCGCAAGGAACUGACUAUGAUCCUGCUGACACUGGCCAAAAUAUCGCCCGACGACGAGGAGUAAGACGGGAGGUCGAGAGCAAGCCACAAAGAGAUUUAAGCCAACUCUAUUUUUGUCACCCGAACGAGGGAAAUCCAGAAAUGAGGCCACGAGGGCUUCGAGGCAAUUGUUUACUUUAGAGCUGCAUCCGAGGGGGCGGCACAAAAAAGAUUUUGGUAUCGGGGAGGAUCGAGAGAGCGAAUGUCGAUCCAAAACCGAAACGAAGCUAUUGGUAACAUAAAUCUAAUAUUAAUGUUUCAAUCUUAAAUAAAUGUUUAUCGUACGUUAAGAAGUUGAGAGUAUAUUUCCCCAAAGUCAAAGCAAAAAGGAAUCUUAUCCAAUCAAACAACUUGCAACUCUAAAUCGAGCCACUUAAAGUAAACAAUUAAGAAACGAUAACAUCAAGAUCAGUACAUCGAUUUUAUAUUAUAUUAUAUUAUAUUAUAUGUGUAUUUAUAUUUUCUAUGUGUAUUUGCAUAAAGUAUUUUAUUUAAUUACGAAUUAAAACUCGAAAUAAAGUAGUUAUAUUUAAGGAUACAGAAUUAUUUGAGAUUACCUAAGCAUAAAAACUUAUAAUAUGUGUGGCUACAAUCUGUAGAUAAUCGUUGUUGAUAAUUGUGACAGUAUCCCUUAAACGCAGCAAAACGAAAGUAUUCCUUGCCAGUUAUCGGCAGGUGGUGUAUCCUGCACCCGGCAUUAUGUACUCGUACUAUGUAUAUCUCCCGCAGAACAUCAAUCAAUCAAUCAAGAGCCACUUGCAACAACCCGAGGGUGGACACCACUAAUGCAGGUGAAUGCAAAUGCAUCGCCCACUUGAACGUGCCGCUGUCGAGCUGAAGGGUGGAAAUGUAUCUAGUUAACGAAAGACACUCGUCCUUGCAUUUCCCACCCGGAGGUUCUGCGUAAUAGGAGAUUGCGAGGUGCAGAAUCAGGCCAGCUGCGAACAUUUCCACUCAAUUUCCUGCUUAGGCAAAUCGGUAACUUAACUUAAACUUUAACGGAAACUUAAACGCUGCGAACUACCUAACGUUUUUUCAAGGUGCUAUAGCUAUAUACAUUACGACUUGUUUCAGUCCCUAAUCCUUUCCCGAGUUGUUUCCAAUCUUUUUUUUUCAAAUUUAACUAACUAAAGCCUAACAACUAAUUACUUAAGCUUUAAAAUUGGUACAAUCUUGAAACGAGUUUAUCCAAGGACUCGUUUUUAAAAGUUUGAUAUGAAAUGGAGGAAUGCAUAAAUUUUGAAAACCAUUUCUUUCAGCUUUGAUAAUGAGACAUUGGGUAGAAUCGAUUGUACUCCCGUACAUGCAACAAAAUGCCAACUUAACUUAUAAAUAAACUAAUUACGAUACAGCUCUAUAUGAUAACAUACUUAUGCUAAUCCUAAGAUAUUGUUGAAAACCACUUGCAUGUAAAGCUUCGAAACGGACUUUCUCUAUAUACAACAAGAUACCAAAUACCUAACAUCUAAAUGGAUAUAUGUCUAAUACUAUGGAAAUAUGACAGAAAUGUUUUAACAAAAUAAAUACAAUCUAUGCAGACAUCAAGGGGUCAGCACUCCA